CUCACGGUGGCGUGACGACCGCCUCGCGACAGCAGGACGGCUGCAAUGGGACUGCUCUCAGAGCUGAAGCUGGCUGUGCCCUGGGGCCACAUCGCUGCCAAAGCCUGGGGCCUCCAGCAGGCCGCCCCAGUUCUUUGCCUGCAUGGCUGGCUGGACAAUGCCAACUCCUUUGACAGACUCAUCCCUCUUCUUCCGAAAGACUUUCAUUAUGUUGCCAUGGAUUUCGGGGGACAUGGGCUCUCAUCCCAUUAAAGCCCGGGUUUCUCAUACUACCAGGAAAACUUCGUGAGUGAGGUCCGGAGAGUUGUAGCAGCCUUGGAGUGGAAGCAUUUCUCUCUCAUGGGCCAUAGUUUUGGUGGCAUAGUGGGCGCAACGUUUACCAGUAUUUUCCCCGAGAUGGUGGAUAAACUUAUCUUGCUGGACACAUCGCCAUUUGGCCUGGACCCUAAUGGAGUAGAGGACCUGCUGACCUACAGGCGGGGAGCCAUCGAGCACAUGCUGUAGGCGGAGGCCUCCCAGAAGCCCCGGCAGGUGGUCAAGCCAGAGGAGAUGCUGCAGGGGUACCUGAAGAGAAACAGCCACGUGAGUGAGGAGAUUGCACGACUCCUCCUGCAGAGAGGAACCACAGAGGUGGCCACAGGUCUAGUAAUGAACAGACACCGGAGGAUGACUGUGCCAGAGCAGAGCAUCAGCUUCGUCAGCAAGGAGCUGUUCACGCACUCCGCCAAGCAGCUGCAGGCCCCCGUCCUGCUCAUCAAAGCAAUCCAAGGAUAUUAUAACGUGAGGAGAGAGGACACUGACAAGAAUGUCUUGCUUUCUAUGGAAGAUCUGAGAUCAAUACUAAAGGAGCGGUUCCAGUACGUAAAGGUCCCAGGCAACCACUAUGUCCACUUGAACCAACCUGAGAUUGUGGCCAGGAUCAUCAGUGCCUUUCUGCAGAGCCAGGAGCCGCCGCCACAUCAGCCCUAGCCUGGGCCUUCAGAGACCUGGUGCCUAACGCCGACCACCCAGAUUCCUAGUUCCAGGCCCUCCAGCCAGACCAGGGGUGGUGGGACAGGCCUCACGGGUCUCGAAGCCCAGCAGGUGCCGAGGCAGAGAAUCCUGGUCAGAAUUUGGGGGGACGGGGCAAGAUCCUUUUAACAUCUGUGACUUCAAGGGGGAGACCCUGUUUGGAUUUGGCGGUGUUGUGUUUCACGGCUGAUAAUCUGCAGUGAGCGGGCAGCGGAUGGAGGAAGGAAUGGCCAGGUGGCUGCCCAGCUG